AAAAUGAAAUGACAUUGGAAAAAGUAUCAAAUCUGGUGAAUUGGGAUUGAAAGUUGAAACCCCAAUUUGCCCAAUCCCUUCUCUCACACACUCUCUCUCUUUCCUUAUAUGUUUUUAGAUUUAUUACCCUUAUUAAUAGCAAUCACACAGACCCCAUUUUUCUUCGUGGAAUACAAUCCCCUUUUCAACAAGUAGGGUUUCAGCAAAUACAAUCUUGAUUUCGGCCGGAAAGAUCCUAAACUUGGGUACUCCUUGUUUAGUGGUUUAGCAGUGGAAUCGAUUGUGUUGAUUAUUUGACCGGAGAUGUCAACGACGACGGCGGCGCCGGAGACGGAGAAGAAAGAAGAGGAGGUGAAGGGUGGGGAGUUGUUGUUCUGUGGUACGACAGCUUGGGACAGCAUUGGACGCCGUAAAGGUUUACCGGAAGCUAACCUAGUUUUGCCAACACGGCUCCGGCCUCUCGUCGGCGUUGACAUUUGCUACGUUGCAUCUGGCUGUGCAUCUUGUCAUUGUGUGGCUCUGGAUGUGGAUGGACGUUGCUAUACCUGGGGCCGGAACGAUAAGGGACAGCUUGGACAUGGGGAUCAAAUUCAACGAGAUAGGCCAACGGUCGUCUCUGCAUUGGCUUCGUACAAAAUUGUUAAAGCUGGGAGUGGGAGAGCCCAUAUGGUUGUAGUAACUGAAGAUGGCCUCUCUCUGUCUUUUGGUUGGAAUAAACAUGGGCAGCUUGGAACAGGCUCAGUCAAGAAUGAAAUUGAGCUAUAUCCAGUACGCUGUCUGGUAUCUGAAGUAAAAAAUGUUGCUUGUGGGGCUGAUUUUACUGUUUGGUUGACUUCUGUUGAAGGCGCUUCCAUACUAACUGCUGGACUUCCUCAGUAUGGUCAACUUGGACAUGGAACUGACAAUGAGUACAAUACCAAAGAUAGCUCGGUAAGGCUUGCGUAUGAGGCACAGCCCCGCCCUAAGGCUAUAGGUUCUCUUGCUGGUCAAACCAUAGUAAAAGUUGCUUGUGGAUCAAACCAUACAGUUGCUGUGGACUCGCAGGGCUACGUUUACACGUGGGGCUUUGGAGGAUACGGAAGGCUUGGGCAUAGAGAGCAAAAGGAUGAGUUUAGUCCUCGCCGUCUUGACGUGUUCACGAAGCACAAUCUUGUACCUCCUGGUGCAGUGGUUUCUGCUGGUUCUGUGAAUUGUGCUUGUACUGCUGGUGGAGGGCAGAUGUACAUGUGGGGCAAGAUAAAGAACACUGGUGAUGAUUGGAUGUACCCUAAACCUCUAAUGGAUCUCAGUGGUUGGAACAUUCGCUGCAUGGAUUCAGGCAGUAUGCAUCAUUUUGUUGGUGCUGAUAGCUCAUGCAUAAGUUGGGGGCAUGCGCAGUCUGGUGAACUUGGAUAUGGGCCUAAUCAGCAGAAAUCUUCUGCAAUCCCCAAAAAGGUGGACAUACUCGAAGGCAUGCAUGUUAUCAGUGUUGCAUGUGGUUUUGCACAUUCCUUGGUGGUGGUCGAUAGAACAAAUGUUGCUGAUCAACUUGACCAGCUUGAUAUUUAUGAUGGCAAAGCUGCGGGUGAAGGGGUUGAAGAACCUGAUACUAAACCUCCACCACCCAAGAAAACCAACAAGAAAGCUGGUGCAAAAGCACCUCAAACUUCCAACAAAAGGAAGAAAUCGAAAGAAUCUUCAGAUUCAGAAGACUCGGAACAGGAAAGCAUUGAUGAAGAUGAGGAUGAAAGUGAUGAAGAGGCUAACGGGUUUGCUGAAAAGAAGAGUCGGAGGGGUGGGAAGGCUGCUGGCAGAGGUCGAGGCAGGGGUCGCCCUCCGGCAGCGGCAAAGGAAGGAGGAGCGGUGGCGGCACCGGCAAAGAGGGGAAGAGGAAGACCAAAGAAGGCAUGAGUGUUCCAAUUUUGGCAUGUCUGUACUUUACUAUGAUCAUUUCACUAACUACUUUGUAUUCUGAUCCAUGGUGCAUUUGGAAGAAAGGAUGGCUUAAUGGGUAGAGGAUGAUGGGUGGAACUUCUUUAACUUCAUUUCAUUGUGAAUUUGUGUAUUUUCAAUUUGGAUGGUUUUUCAUUAAUGCAAUUUUUUUGCAUUGUUGGACUGUGGACCCUCUUCUUUCCUUCAAGUUGUAAGCUACUCUUUGGUUGUAGAAUUUGUUUCAUUGCAAUCUCAUGUUUGGUUUGAAAGGUUUUUUAAA